UCAGGAGUCUCAGGACUCUCAGGUUUCUCUCUGCUGUUACUCUGUUCGAGUUAGCUCAAGUUAGCUCGAUGGGCUCGAGUGUCGAGGUUGAGUCGGGUACACGUGUAAUAUGUGAUGAAAAGUAAAAGAAAUUGACUUAAGAACAAAUAUUAACUUAAACUCAACGUUGUCUUCGAAAUAAUGAAUAAUUAUCUAGAUGUGGAUUAAGUACUCUCCGCGUUAUUCGUAAAAGAGAAGCAAAAGGAAGAAAAGAGAGGCUUGAGGAGAUAAACAGAUUGAACGUGAUUCACGUGGUUCAUGCCGGGAAAGAUUACCUAUUUGGACGAUAUGGAUAACGUAAAUUCUACGGAGGACAAUGCGAUUGUAGUUGCAGACGAAUUGUCGGAGUCACCGACGACGAAUAUGAGCAAGCGUCAAUUGAAGAGGUUGGAGAGGAAAAAGAAGUGGCUGGAGCGAAAAAGCGAGAAGAGAUUGCGAGAGAGGAAGAAAGCGAGGGAGAAGCGCGCGUACGCGCGCGCCAACAACCUGAGCCUAGGUCCGUCCAGAAAGGUCUUGAAGCAGAGUACCAUGGCGGCAAGCGCGUGUACGCUCACGGUGACCAUCGAUCUGUCAUUUGACGAGCUGAUGAUCGACAAGGAUAUUGCUAAGCUAACUAAACAGAUACUGCGGUGCUAUACGUUGAACAGAAGGGCCACGGCGCCUAUGCAAUUCUCCCUCACUGGCUUCACCGGCAAGUCACGGGCCAGUAUGGAGAAGCAUAAUGGUUAUAAGCACUGGGAUGUGAGUUUUCACACGGAGCAAUACAUGGACGUUUAUCCCAAAGAUAAAAUCGUAUAUCUCACAAGCGAGUCGAAAAACGUGAUAGAUUGUUUGGAACAUGAUUGUGUGUAUGUCAUAGGUGGCCUUGUUGAUCACAACGCACAUAAGGGUAUGUGCCACAAGUUGGCGAUAGAGGCUGGUGUUAGGCAUGGCCGACUGCCAUUAGACAAGUUCUUGCAGAUGAAAGCGAGAAAAGUGUUGACUAUUGAUCAUGUCUUUGAGAUACUGUUAAGGGUUUCGGAAGGCGAUACUUGGCAAGAGGCAUUUCUGAAAGUUUUGCCGGAAAGAAAGAACGCUCGGCCAAUAGUUUCUGUGCAAUCCAAAGAAGACGAAUCACAAGAUCUGAAACCUGAUGAUGUAAAUAAUGUGAGGCCAGUUGAUGUAAAUAAUACAGUGUCGAUUGAUGUAAAUAAUACAGUUAUAAAGAUUAUAGAAGAUGUUUGCAAUAAGGAGUACGAUAACAGACCAGAAUACAAUACGGAUUCGAAGGAAAUCUUGCAUGAGAAUUCAUGUAUAGCGUAAUCCUGUGAAUAUUGUAGUGUAAUUAAUGUAAAAAUGAAUAAGUUGAUCGUUUAUUAGUCUCUUUCCAAACGAGAAAAAUCAAAUGUGCACGACUAGACUGCGAAAUGAAUAGAAAUGCAAGUAAAAAAUGUUUAAAAUGAAUUCACAACGUGUGAAAAGAAAAAUACAGUUGUUGAAAAAGUAUGAAAAAAUAGAUACGUAAUAUUGAUAUGCAAGAAAUUUAAGCAUGAGACAUUUAAUCAAAUCGGACUUUUUAUCCAAAUAUAAAUUAUAAUAUUUAUAACAUUUAA